AUGCUAUAAAUGUCACUGCAAAUCCGUCCUAACUCCAACUGAUCGUCUUCAUAGUUAUCGUAUCCAUGUACUUGUGAUUUUCAUCCAUCCAUCCCAUAAUGCAGGGAGUUUUGAUCUGAACUAUCUUGUGCUUUCGUUAGCGUACGUAGAAUCAGAAAUAUGGUUCAGAAGAAAAAGUAUCGAGGGGUGAGACAGCGCCACUGGGGCUCUUGGGUGUCAGAGAUUCGCCAUCCGCUACUGAAGCGGAGGGUGUGGCUGGGGACUUUCGACACGGCGGAGGAGGCGGCGCGGGCAUACGACGAGGCGGCGGUGCUGAUGAGUGGCAGAAAUGCCAAGACAAACUUCCCGGUCUCGGAGAACAGCUUUUCUCCGUCGUCGCCACCUCCCCCGCCGUCGUCUUCUUCACUCUCGUCCAUUCUCAACGCGAAGCUCAAGAAAUGCUGCAAGUCGCCGUCGCCGUCGCUGACCUGCCUGAGGCUGGACAUCGAGAGCUCACACAUUGGGGUGUGGCAGAAACGGGCAGGGUCCGGGUCCGGGUCGAAUUGGGUGAUGACCGUUGAUCUUGGAAAGAAGAAGGAGGAUGUGGUGGUGGAACAUGAGAAGAAGGCGGGGGCAGCGGCGACGACGGGUACGGCGACUCCGGAAACUUCCACGGACGGCGGGGAUGUUAUGGACGAAGAGGAAAAACUUGCACUGCAGAUGAUCGAGGAGCUUCUGAACUGAGCGCGCAACUGAAAAAUCAA